CAGAUACACAAAAAAAACACACACACACACACACACACACAGAGUGUGAGAAGGGAGACAGAAGCAAACCAAAGAACCAGAGGAGGUAGAAGACACCAAUCAGCUUAUCUUCUCUCAUCUCUCACUCAAACCCAACCCUAGCAAAAAUGGACCCCAAUUCCCAAAUCGCAGAGAACCCAGAAUCAUCAGAGGAGCAACAAAACCCACUAGCCCUUCUCCUCCCUUCUUCUCCUUCUCCUUCUCCUUCUCCAUUCGCCACCGCUUCACUCUCACUCUCCCUGGCCUCAAUCCUCCCCACCCACUUUUUCCAACAACCCAAAGUGGCCACCCUCUUCUCCUCUCAGCCCACCAAGGCCAAAAUCCCCACCCAGGCCUCCUCCCUUGCCCACCUCUCCCUCUCCGCCUCCGCCAAUGUCGCCACCCCCUCCAAGCUCUCCUUCAAGUCCACCAUCUCCGCCAACCCGCUCCAAAACCCCCUCACUCUCGGCCCCCGCCGCCCCCUCGACCCCAACAACGGGGCCGGAAUUCGUCGAGCUUCCAUCGUUUGGUUCCGCAACGACCUCCGCGUCCACGACAACGAGUGCCUCAACUCCGCCAACAACGAGUCCAUGUCCGUCUUGCCCGUCUACUGCUUCGACCCGCGAGACUACGGCAAGUCGUCUUCCGGCUUCGACAAGACCGGCCCAUUCCGGGCCCAGUUCCUCGUCGAGUCCGUCUCCGACCUGAGGAAGAAUCUCCAGGCCAGAGGCUCUGAUCUGGUCGUCAGAAUCGGGAAGCCCGAGACGGUCCUCGUCGAGCUGGCCAAGACUAUUGGGGCCGAUGCAAUCUAUGCCCACAGGGAGGUUUCUCAUGAUGAGCUCAAGUCUGAGGAGAGGAUCGAGUCUGCGAUGAAGGACGAGAAUGUUGAGGUUAAGUACUUCUGGGGAAGCACUUUGUACCAUAUGGAGGACUUGCCCUUUAAGCUGGAGGACAUGCCCACGAACUAUGGUGGGUUCAGAGAGAAGGUGAAGGGGUUGGAGGUGAGGAAGACCAUUGAGGCUUUGGAGCAGAUGAAGGGGAUGCCGUCUCGCGGCGAUGUGGAGCCUGGGGAUGUUCCUUCCUUGAUGGAUUUGGGUCUCAACCCGUCUGCUUCCAUGGCUCAGGAUGGGAAGCCAGGUGCUGCUUCUAUGGUGGGAGGAGAAGCUGAAGCCCUAGAGAGGCUUAAGAAGUUUGCAGCUGAGUGCCAAGCACAACCUCCCAAGGGGAGCAAAGAAGGAAGUCAGAAUAGCAUUUAUGGUGCAAACUUUUCAUGCAAAAUCUCACCAUGGCUGGCCAUGGGAUGCCUCUCUCCCCGCAGUAUGUUUGAUGAGCUAAAGAAAACUGCUAGCAGAUCUGUUUCUGCAUCCUCAAACCCGGAUGAUGGUGGCAGCGGAACAAACUGGUUAAUGUUUGAGUUACUGUGGAGGGAUUUCUUCAGAUUUGUUACCAAGAAAUACAGUGCUGGAAAGAAACAGCUUGAUGCUGCUCCAGCAACAGCAUGCACGGGUGCACUUGCCUAAGCAAGAAUGUAGCUCGGUCGUUUAAAUAUUGAGAUAUCGGUUACUUUCAUCUCCUUAUUUAAGUUUUCAAGAUGUAGUGGUUAGAUGUUGUAGGGUUCCUCCAAAAGAGUUGUUACAUGUUGGACUAUGUUUUCAUUGCCAAAUAAGAUAUGGUUGAAUAUGGUGUUUUGCCUCAUGCUUAA